UUUUUUCGGAGAAUUAUUCGUGGUUGUUAAUAGGGGUGCAACGUUGUGUUUUGCAUAUAAGGGUGAGAGCGCAAAACGACGGAGGCAGCUAGUAAUCUAGUUUUCUUAGCUGGAGAAGCCACAAGCCAGAAGGCAAGUAUAACGUUUCCGAUUCACAUGAUUCAGGAGAAAUUACGGUUUUUCCAGCAGCUUUGGUUCCUUAUUACUUCGUGAGAUUAACAUUUAUUGAUUUAUGAUUUUUUGUUUGAAUUCAUAUCUGCCAUUAUGCCGGCUUUAAUAUCAACGAGGUUGCUCAUCCUUUUUGGAGAGUCAUCGCGUGCGUCUAGGACAGCUUGGUGCCACCGCGGCUUGCGCUUUCUUACUCACGCUGGACGAGACCAGGGGCCACUUACUCUUGCAAGCCUGGGAUUCAAGAGCGAGUUUGAAAGACCAGACAAGAUCAAAACAAAUAAACAUGAAAAAUUGAAGCUGAACUCAGCUAUUGAAGUUCCCAAAAGUAAAGUGAAGGCAGUUGGAAGGAAUGGAACUAGAGAUGUUGGUGUUAAAAAAUCCCUUGAAAUAGAGUCAGCUCCAUUUGCUGCAAAAUCAUUUUCUGAGCUUGGCCUCCCACCUUUAUUGCUAGAAAGGUUGGAGAAGGAAGGCUUCCAAGUUCCAACAGAGGUUCAAUCUGCAGCUAUCCCCACUAUUCUCAAGAAUCAUGAUGUUGUCAUACAAUCUUAUACGGGGUCAGGCAAAACGUUGGCUUAUCUCCUUCCUAUACUGUCUGAAGUCGGACCGUUUGCAAAUAAAUCUUUUAAUGGUGAUGAAGAAUCUAGGAAGAAAUCAGAGAUAGAUGCAGUUAUUGUUGCUCCUUCUAGGGAGCUGGGUAUGCAAAUUGUAAGGGAGUUUGAGAAACUGCUGGGUCCGGCAAACAAGAAAGUUGUUCAGCAACUUGUUGGUGGUGCAAACCGAUCAAGACAAGAAGAAGCUCUUAAGAAAAACAGGCCAGCAAUUAUUGUUGGUACGCCUGGACGGAUUGCAGAGAUUAGUGCUGCUGGGAAGCUUCACACCCAUAAUUGUCGUUAUUUGGUUUUGGAUGAAGUUGAUGAGCUCCUUUCAUUUAACUUCCGAGAAGACAUGCACCGGAUAUUGGACCAUGUAGGGAGGAGAUCAGGUGCAAAUCCUUCUGGACCAAAAAACCUGCUUGCCAGGCGGGCUGAGCGUCAGACAAUCCUGGUAUCUGCAACAGUUCCAUUUUCGGUGAUAAGGGCAGCUCGAAGUUGGGGAUCCGAUCCGCUCCUUGUGCAGGCUAAAAAAGUUACUCCACUUGAAUCCCUACCUGCUCCCGGACCUGUUAACCUUUCAAGGCCUACAUCCAGUUCAAGCUCGAACCAGAAUUUGCAGCCUCAGGCAGCAAUACAGAGUCUUCCUCCAGCUUUGAAACACUAUUAUUGCGUCGCAAGGUUACAACACAAGGUUGACACUUUGAGAAGAUGUGUUCAUGCACUUGAUGCCAAGUCUGUGAUAGCUUUCAUGAACCACACUAAGCAACUAAAAGAUGCUGUCUUUAAGUUGGAGGCUCGCGGGAUAAAAGCUGCAGAAUUACAUGGAGAUCUUGGCAAGCUUGCUAGGUCUACCAUUCUAAAGAAAUUUAAAAAUGGAGAGGUGAGAGUUCUAGUAACAAAUGAACUAUCAGCAAGGGGUUUGGAUGUUCCAGAAUGCGAUCUUGUUGUGAACCUGGGCUUGCCUACCGACUCAAUUCAUUACGCACAUCGAGCUGGCAGGACUGGCAGGCUUGGCAGAAAGGGCACUGUAGUAACCAUUUGUGAGGAGCCAGAGGUGUUUGUUGUGAAAAAGGUGCAAAAGCAGCUCGGGAUUCCCAUUCCUGCUUGUGAGUUUACAGAGGGCAAACUCGUAGGCGUGGAAGAAGAGAAGGAACCUUCAGAGUCUUUGAAAUGAUGAUCUUAUUUACUCAUUACACCUAUGGUGGUGAUUUUAACCUUUUCUUUGCUUUUAAAGCACCUCUCUAUAUAUAAAUUUUAGGUUAAACCUGAUGUUUGGAUCUGAAAUACAGUUUGUAGGUUGAAGUGUAUUUUCAGAAUGCUGGCAUUCGCAAGGGAGGUAGUAAAGGAGACCCACAAGGCUACAAUAACAUUUUAAAAUGCAUGGAUCAGCAGAUGAUCUCAACUAAAUUUCCUGUACAAUUUUCAUAGUAUUCUUCUUCUUCUUCUUCUUCUUCC